CUUUAAACCAAACUCCAAUAAUCGCUUUAGUUGGGGGAUGAAGGAUGUCUGGGUUAGUUCUCCAUAUGAUAUCUUCUCAAUCCUCCGAGUAGACACCAAAUUCAGGAUUUGCAUCUUCAAUUAAUAACAUUCAAACACUAACCGCCAUUGUCGAACCUUUAAAUGCAGUUGAUCCUCUUUAAUGGACAUGUACGAAGUAUCAACCAAUCUAAUCGACCAAGUUCAGAUCUUGCUCAAGAAAGAAGCAGGCCUUGAAACAUUUAACUCCAAUGAUCACUCACUUGAUUGUCUUUCAUCAUCGUUUCUCAAUGAUGCCAUUCUUGGUUCAAAUGCUUCUGUUGAUGUAAUACGAUGUAAUGAUUGCAAAGGGAAGCUUUUACGAAGGUCGGAAUCAAUCAUUUGUGUUUACUGUGGGAUGUUUCAGCAUCGAGAUUUUGCUACAAAUCCUAUGUCAUUCAAAUCUACAAUUGCUUUUCAGUGGCUCUUGCAAUCGCUUGGUUUAGAUGGAUUUGAAAGUGUUGAGAAACCUAUUGGAGGUGAUGUAAAUCAAUCUGGUGGUAGAGUGCGGAGCUCGUUGAAGGAGGAUGAAAUUUCGUUAUCGGAUUUUCUUGAUUUGCAACUGAAAUGGCCUGAUAAUUUGAGAGGAUCUGGUGUGGGAAAUAAACAGAUACUUCACGGGAAAAGAAAUCUGAACUUGAUUGGUGUAGACAUUGAGCAACUUUUGAGUCAAGAAAAUAAAGAUGAUGAUUUUAAUGUAAGAAAUGAACAUUCCAUAGCUAGUAAUAAAUUUGAAAAUGAGGAGUCUAGGAUUUCAGGCGAGAGAAGUCUUAAUUUGUUUGAAAACAGGAGAUCUUCCAUGGCUGCUUCGAGGUCUGGUGAGGGUGAAAAUGAUGAGUCUUUGUCUGAAUGGGGGGCAGAAUUUCAAUCUUCCUUUCCGGUGGCCGGACCUGAGAAAUCAGGUGAUAGCUCAUUUUCUGAUGCUCCUUCAGGAAGUACUGUGAUUACUUCCAGUAAUGAUAAUGAUUGGAGUAAUUUGGAGUCUGGAGGUCAUAUCAAGUCUAAGGUAUCUGAUGGGAAUGUUUUGGUUGAAGGUGGUACUAGGCCGAUGGGAUCGGUGGAUUCUUCUUUUGAUUUGUUUCCACAAGAUCAACAGGAUAACUCCAAGGAAGAGUCUCUCAAUAGUGAGAACAUAGAUAAUGAUGAUUCUUUUGACGAGUGGGGUGACUUUAGGAUGUCUGUGAGUGAUAAAACAACUCAAUGUGAACCAAGCAGUACAGCGGUGCUUGCCACUGAUAGUGGUGCGUCACUAGCUAUAUCUGACUCAUUUGAUGGUUUUGUUGGAUCCACAAGUUCAGAAGGAAUCCCGUUUCAGAACAAUAAUUUUACAGUGCCUAAUGAUGCCUGGAGCGAUUUCAUGAUACCAAGUACCGGAGGAAACAUUCAGUCAUUAACGAAUAGUAAUAAAUUAGAGGAUGUUCCAGCACUUGGUAGCAAAGAUGAUCCUGCUCUGUUGGAUGUUACCCUCUUAGAACAUCAGGGAAUACAUGGUGAAAGCUUACAGAAAGAGAUAUCCUAUCAAGAUGAUUCAAUUGGGUUAUGGGGUAAUGAUGCACACUUGGGUAUUAAAGGUAAUCAGUUGGAAAGCGAAGAAAGCAAGCAACCUGCAAGUGGGACUACCAAUGAUUUGGAUAAUUCAUUUGACUUGUGGGAUGUAAAGAGUUCUGCAAAUUUGCAGCAAGCAACUAAUAUGCAAGUAAAUAUUGAAGGUGGUAGCAAAUUUGAAGCAUGGGACGAUUUUGUUGGAAUGGGUACCGUGAAAAAGCAAGAGCAAGCCUGCGUUGAAGUAGAUGGUGGGAAGGGAAAUACUAAUCAAAUUGACUUAUUGAGAAUGUCCAAUGAUAGCUCGUUUGAUGUGUGGAGUGAUUUCACUGGAACCAAUAGUGCUUCUGCUAGUAAACCAAUGGACAAUGACAUUUCAUCUGGGGCUUGGAAUGACUUUUCAAGUUUAAUGGUUGCUAAUGCAAAUUCAGCUAAAAGUAACAAUACAAGAACCUCUGAAGAUCAAGCAGUUCUUGACGAUGAUAAUAUGUUUAGUUCAUGGAAUGUUUUUCAGAGUUCGGGAAUACAAACGGAAAAUAGUUCUUUUGCACCAAAUGAUAUCAAAAUCAGUUCAGAUCAGAUCAGUUUCCAUAAAACUCCUGACAGUGUAAACAUGGCUGAAGAGAAUAGUACUUUCAGUUCAUGGGGUCAGGUGCAAGCUUCUGAGGAAGGGGCCUUCGAAAAUAAAUUAAACAUUGAAGGUGAGUUAUUUUCUGGACUCAAUAAUGGUGGACAACAAUACAUUAGUCAACCAGACAAUCAACUCCAGUUUGAUGGUAUUACUCUGCUUGAUGGUAAAUCCUUGUGCGAAACUGAUGAUUCAUUUGAUGCAUGGUCUGAUUUUACUGGCUCGAGUAAUACACAAGUAAAUUUUAGUAGCUCAAUAAAUGCACAUGUUGACGAGGAGGCUAUUAAACAUGGAGAUUUGUUGGAUGCUUGGAAUGUUACUGCAAGCUCCCCCGAUGUUCAAGCUGGUAAUAACACUAGUGCUGCAAUGGAAAAGACACCUGAUACAUCUUACCCUGACCUAUAUGGUGGAAUUUUCAGUACCCAAUAUGCCUCUGCAUCUCAGGCAUUUGCAACUCGUGAAGGUUCUGAUUUGGUUAGAACGGAACAUGCUGAUAAAGCUGGUGGCUACAUGGAUACGAGGAUCCCAAGUGACAACACUUCAGAGGAAGGAUUAAAUAUAAAGUCGCCUGCUGCGGAGACUUUGAUAUCAGAGAUGCAUGAUCUAUCGUUCAUGCUUGAAAGCAGCCUCUCGAGUCCUAACCAUCAUACAUGAAAUAUUGCUAUUUGUUAUGUGUGUGCAAUACUUCGAGUGGAUGCAGGACUUGCAUCUUUUGAAUUGUUUGUGUAUCGAUGACUUUUUUAAUUAUUGAUGGUCAUCAAUACACAAAUGUUUAUACGGAAACUUUCUGUGAAUUUUUCGUACAGUUCUAGUAGUAGUCAGUGAAAAAUUGUACCUUGAAUCAAAUUCGUUUUAGAUAAACUUUGAUCUUUCUUUCAUAAGAGAUUACGAUUUGAAU